AUGGACCAGCUGCAAGAGUUAGCAGGAUUUUUGGAAUGUGGACAGGAGAACGUUCAGGAGAUUGCCCUUGAGAAUUUGCUGCCGUACACCCGGAGUGACAUUGGCAAGCAUCAUAUUUUUAAGGCAAAUGAUUACGGUGCGGUUAGAAGUUUGAAGAAGUUAGCAGUGAGGGCCAAGUUUCAACGGAACGCCCUAAGUGCGUUGGUUAAUUUGUGCGAUGAUAAGGACGUUCGGGACUUUAUUGCUUCAGACCAUAAAGCGUUGGAGUAUUAUUCGUCGGGCAUUCUAGAGAAUUCACCCAACGUGGGGCUGUUUUGUAUGUUGUUGGCUAACUUAGCCCAUUCGGAGGAAACCAUCGAUUAUUUAUUGGCUAAAGGCGGCAUCCGUCUAAAAAGCCUUAUUGACCAGUUUGUUAAUGACGCCUCACCUGCCUACGAUUACCUUGCAUUCUUUUUCGGCGAGUCAGCGCGCAGCCGGCAAGGUGCCGCAUUCUGGGCGGACGAGGAGCUGCCCCUGGCAAAGAUCGUGCCCCAGAUUGUUUUUGAGUCCGUCACCCGGAGAGCAGGCGUAGUGGCCACUGUGAAAAACACUUUGUUUGAGGUAAAGUUCCAUGAGAAGGUCAUCGAAUCGGGCGCAAUCGAGUACAUUAUGAUCGCUCUCAAGGGACCGGAACCCUUGGACGAGGAAGACACCGCCAAGCUUCCGGAUAUUGUUAGAUCGGAAAUCGGCGACGAUAAAAAGCGAGAGGACGACCCCAACAGGCAGCUUACUCUGGUUGAGUGCCUCCUAUUACUUUCCUCUUCGAAAGAGGGCCGCGAAGCUCUCCGCAACAAAAGUGCUUAUUUUAUUAUUCGUGAACUCCAUCUGGCUACGCAAAACGUCGGCGUCCAGGACGCCUGCGAGCGUUUCGUCAAUAUGGUAAUGCGUGGAGAGCCCGCAGAGGCCCGGCUCAACGAAAUUGAGUCUGAGGAAGAGGAGGUUGUUGAGGUCGUCUAA